AUGACUGUGGGGUCUGGAAUAUCCGUGGUUGAUGGGAGGUUGAAUGUGCUGGGAAACACCAUUUUGACAAAUGUUGAUGAUAAUGUUAUAGUAACUCCAGCUACCGGUGAAAUUUUGACUAAUGGAGCUUUUAUCGGCGUUCAAUCCGAUCAGAUUGGUAGCCGUAGGGUCUUCCCUGUCGGAAAACUCGAGGGACUGCGUUUUAUGUGUGUUUUCCGGUUCAAGUUGUGGUGGAUGACACAGAGGAUGGGUACAAGUGGCAAAGACAUACCUUUUGAAACCCAAUUUUUGAUUGUGGAAGGACAAGAUGGUUCACAUUUUGGGGAAGAUGGGGAGGACAAAUCAGCGUUAUACGUCGUUUUUUUGCCGAUAUUGGAGGGAGAUUUCAGGGCUGUUCUUCAGGGGAAUGCCAAUAAUGAGUUGGAGAUUUGCUUGGAAAGUGGAGAUCCUGCUGUUCAAGAAUUUGAGGGGAGUCAUCUAGUUUUCGUCGCAGCUGGAUCCGACCCAUUUGAUGUCAUCACGAUUGCAGUCAAGUCGGUGGAAAGACAUUUGCAGACAUUUAGUCAUCGGGAUAGGAAAAAGAUGCCAGACUUACUGAAUUGGUUCGGAUGGUGUACGUGGGAUGCUUUCUAUACUGAUGUCACUUCGGAAGGAGUGAAGCAGGGUUUGCAAAGUUUCGAGCAAGGAGGAAUUCCCCCGAAGUUUGUCAUCAUCGAUGAUGGAUGGCAAUCUGUUAGUAUGGAUCCAGUUAGUAUAGCAUCGAAAGCUGAUAACACAGCCAACUUUGCAAACAGAUUAACUAAUAUCAAAGAGAACCAUAAAUUUCAGAAGGAUGGCCAAGAGGGUCACAGGGUGGAGGAUCCAGCAAUGGGAAUUCAGCAUAUUGUUAAUGAAAUUAAAGAUGAACAUUCCGUGAAGUAUGUUUAUGUCUGGCAUGCAUUAGCGGGGUACUGGGGUGGAGUCCGACCUGGUGGUGAUGGAGUAGAACAUUACGACUCUAAGCUGGCUUACCCCAUCUCCUCUCCUGGCGUGCAGUCAAACGAACCUUGUGAGGCAUUGAAUAGCAUCACCAAGAAUGGGCUUGGUCUUGUGAACCCUGAGAAAGUCUUUAACUUCUAUAAUGAAUUGCACUCAUACCUUGCAUCUUCUGGUAUCGAUGGGGUGAAAGUAGAUGUCCAGAACAUUCUUGAAACCCUUGGGGCGGGCCAUGGCGGAAGAGUAAAGCUUGCUCAGAAGUACCACCAAGCAUUAGAGGCCUCGAUUUCGAGGAAUUUCCCUGAUAAUGGUAUCAUUUCUUGCAUGAGUCAUAACACAGAUGGUUUGUAUAGUGCAAAGCGAACGGCUGUUAUUAGAGCAUCAGAUGAUUUCUGGCCGAAAGAUCCAGCAUCGCACACGAUCCACAUUGCAUCAGUUGCUUACAACACUGUUUUCUUAGGGGAGUUUAUGCAGCCGGAUUGGGAUAUGUUUCAUAGUUUACAUCCAAUGGCAGAAUACCAUGGAGCCGCACGUUCUGUGGGAGGCUGUGCUAUUUAUGUCAGUGAUAAGCCUGGGCAGCACGACUUUAAUCUUCUCCGAAAGCUUGUACUUCCCGACGGUUCCAUAUUGAGGGCCAAAUUCCCUGGAAGACCCACAAGGGAUUGCUUGUUUUCAGAUCCUGCCAGAGAUGGAAAAAGUUUGUUAAAAAUUUGGAAUCUAAAUGAUUUCAAUGGAGUUGUGGGGGUGUUCAAUUGCCAAGGAGCAGGUUGGUGCAGAGUUGGAAAGACAAAUCUCAUCCACGACGAGCAACCUGGCACUGUAACUGGAAUUCUUCGAGCUAAAGACGUCGAUUACUUGCCUAGAAUUGCUGAUGAGGGGUGGAAUGGAGAUGUCGUUGUUUAUUCUCAUCUUCGUGGAGACUUGGUUUAUCUUCCGAAAAACACUUCUCUGCCAGUGACAAUGAAGGCACGAGAGUACGAUGUCUUUACAGUCAUUCCUGUCAAGGAAAUGUCCAACAGAACCAAGUUUGCCCCCAUAGGACUCAUCAAAAUGUUCAACUCUGGAGGAGCAAUUAAGGAACUAAACUGUGAAAAGGACAAGACUGGAACUGUCUGUCUGAAAGUUCGUGGAUGUGGUCUAUUCGGAGCCUAUUCAUCAGUUCGACCCAAGAGAAUAACAGUGGACGCUGAGGAACUGAAAUUUGAAUAUGAAGAAGCCUCUGGAUUCGUCACCCUUUCUCUGAGCAUUCCAGAGAAAGAGUUAUACCUUUGGAACGUUUGUGUUGAACUGUGA